CGGAGCGAUUGUUGCGGCCUGAGCCCUGCGUGCCCUGCGCGCUGAGGACUCUUUGCGUCUGCGUAGUGCGCCCAGCUCCCUUUCUGCCUCCGCUGCGGCCAUGGCGCCUGUGAAAAAGCUUGUGGCGAAGGGGGGCAAAAAAAAGAAGCAGGUUCUGAAGUUUACUCUUGACUGCACCCAUCCUGUAGAAGAUGGAAUCAUGGAUGCCGCCAAUUUUGAGCAGUUUCUUCAGGAGAGAAUCAAAGUGAACGGAAAAGCCGGCAAUCUCGGAGGAGGGGUUGUAACCAUUGAAAGGAGCAAGAGCAAGAUUACCGUCACUUCUGAGGUGCCUUUUUCCAAAAGGUAUUUGAAAUAUCUCACCAAAAAAUAUUUGAAGAAGAAUAAUCUACGCGAUUGGUUGCGUGUAGUCGCUAACAGCAAAGAGAGUUACGAGUUACGUUACUUCCAGAUUAAUCAAGAUGAAGAGGAGGAGGAAGAUGAGGAUUAACACGGGUUUAUCUGGAAUGUUUUGUAUGAGUUCUUGAAUAAAACUUGGGAACCGACGUGGUGGUUUUCCUUGUAUCUCUGCAGUUUGAACAGAAAAUCGGAAAUCAUAGUAAAAGGGCUUUACUUGGGCUGCCACUACUUCUUUAAAUUUGUAAUUAGACUUUAUUUUUCCUGCUUGAAAUUUUCAGUUUCUUGUGGUAAUACCAAAAUAGAAGGGGAUGGCUCCUUACAGGGAACCAGCAUCUAUUUGGCAUUGAUCCUGCAGAUGAGGUGGGAGUGAGAGCCUCGGUCAGUCACUGUUUUACUCGACAGAGGGUGACAGUUCGACCUGGUGCUUUUUUCAAGGAUUCGGGAAUACAAAUGGGACUCCAGUCGCAGGGAGACCAGUGACUUCUUAAGCUGUCUUGCAGGACAAUGACAGUGUCAAUAAACAUGCAGGGUUUGGGGGCAUUUGUCUUUGAAAUUUUUUAUUACAAAUUACUUUUGAUGCACACAAUUAUGCAUUGUAGUCCUUUUUGUUCCUGUAGAAAUAAAGUGGGGUCCUUGGGUGCUGCUGUAUAUUCUAUUACCUUUUAGAAGAGGUUUCGGAGACUGCUGUUGAAGUCCCAGGUUUUUAAAUUAAGUGCACAAAAAUGAAUUUGUAAAUAAUUAUUUCUACAACUCUUUGCAACAACCUGUCACUUUGGCCCUCAGCAGGGGUAGCUGGAGAUGAAGAUGAGGACUGGUAGAUGGUCUAGAGCUGGACGUCUGUGUGUUCCCCAGAGCUCUCGAGUCUCUUCACAGGUGGGCAGCGGGGAGAAGGGCUUGGGUGACAGAGCAGAGCAGAGAUGUCGGCAUGUCCGGGGAAUAGGCCCUUCCAUGCCAUUUAUGCCAUGGCUGGACUUAAUGUCAGAAGUCACGCUGCAAACUGACAGUAGGACAAGACAGAGUGGUGUUCCUAGUGGGGCAGAAAACGAUGUCAUCUUGGGAUUUUCAUUGCCACGUGUGCGGAGGCUAGGAUCUGUGAAAGGUUAAGAGGUGGUAAAGAUGUCAUUGUGCCAACCGAAAACUGAGUAUUUGAGUGACCGAAAAAGAGACCCUGAUGCCUUAAGGUGCCCUUCUAAAAUCUAAACAAUUCUGCAGAAAUGUCUGCAUUGUCUUAAAAUUACAGUGUUAACAAAAUUCAUGUUUUAAAGAGCUUGCCUACAGCGAAUUUCCACAUGUGAAAUCCUUGUGCUCUGCUAGUUGUAUAGCUGGAAGUGAAAUGUUUGAGUCCUACCUUGGCUCUAAUUUAACAUUUGGUGCUCCUUGGAUCAAAUUUAACGUGUUGAGGCUUUGCAAUUUCAUUUGUGGUAAAGACUCUAGCAUUUUCUAUUUCUAUGCAAAUUUUUUGAAGCAGAAUUGUUUGCAUGUUUCUCUGCCCUCACAGAAGGCAGGGUUUCUUUCAAAUUUAACCGAGGCAUCAGUUGCUCUUUGGCUUUGUCCAUUAUCGUGAUUAUUAACGUUAUUAAUUUCUGACUUGGUUUUGCAAAUUUUGUUUGUUGCAUCGAUGUUCUGUAGUAAUUCAUAGUUUGGUUGUAAAAAAUUAACCCUGGCCUAAAUUAGCAUAUAAGCCUUUUUAAAGUUCCCAGACUUUUAAAACUUGUAAUAAAAUUGAAACUCAUUGGGUUUUCUAUGCCUUUUGAACUCCUGUAAUUGAGUUUUGAUCACCUUUUAUAUUAAAGUGGCUAACACAUGGCUACUA